AUGCCAGCUGAGGUUGGAGUCCAACGCAGAAGAACCACUACUACCCGACGCAAGAAGUUCAACUACAACUGGGAGGCAACUAACACCAAUUUUCCCAACAUUGGAGGCGGUGAGUUCUCUCAGGAGCAACUCCAGCUUGCUGGGAUUGGGUUGCCUGAGCGCAAUUCCGAUCGCCUUGGGGCCCAAAACAUUCAUCCUGGCGACGACGGGGAAAUUGACGGUGAGGAAGUAGUUGUGACUGCCCCAGAGGACUCUCUUCCUGACGAAGCGACUGUACUUGGACGGGACCAACAACCCACUGGUCGAGCUGGAGCUCCUGCAUCUGCUCCACGGGCACCUUGUGUCCAAACACCACCACCGCCACCAACCGCGAGGACUGGCAUUUAUUACGUCGAAGACAACGACGGGAUGACAACUCGUAUUGGUUUGAUUCCCAUCCCUGAGCUGGACUUCCAGGGUGCCUCCAGGACAGAGUUCCUUUGCAUGAUUGAUCUUCCUAGAGGCGUUGGCAAGGAGAAUGUAACAGCCACCCUUGAUCAAGACCUUCUUGGUCUAGCUUUUGAGUUCACCGAAGUCAAUGGAGCCUAUGAUCCCGAGAUCAUACCGGUAUCCAAUGGGCUCUCCUACGGAUACUGCAUCCAGACGAAGUCGGCUAUUCGUGGUGCUACCGAAAAGGAGUUGAGAGAAGGACAGCAAGGCGGCACACUCUACUUCAGCAACAAUGUGCUCAAAAAGAAAGUCCACAUUGAAUUCCCUGAAAUUUCUGAGAACUACCUUUACAACACAUCCAAUGGCGCAUGUGGUCGAGCAAAUGAGAUUCACUGGCUGCCUAGCUAG